UCAGAAAGCAGCAGUUUGGUGAAGCUACAAAACUAACCAAGUGACGUUUUGGAGGAUCUCUGACUUCUGCUGGUUUUCCCGUGUAAUUCCUCUCUGCUAACCCAUCUGCGCCAGUUAUUACAACUUAGUUACAGAAGAAAACUGUUUGACACACUGCCUAAUGAAGAAAAUCAUGUUUCUCAGAGGUACUCUGCUGGGAAUUCUCCUUUUCAGCAUCCUCUGGACAGAAACUGCUUUGGCUGGCUCUAGUUUUUUAAGCCCUGAAUUUAAAAAAAUACAGCAACAAAAUGAUCCAACAAAAACAACGGCAAAAAUACAUCGUCGAGGCACAGAAGGCUUUUGGGAUACCGAUAAAACAGGGGCAGGAGAUGACAACAACAGUAUUGAACUCAAGUUUAAUGUUCCCUUUGAAAUUGGUGUCAAGGUAACAGAAGAAGAGUAUCAAGAAUAUGGACAAACAUUGGAGAAGAUGCUACAGGACAUUCUUGAAGAAAAUGCUAAAGAAACUCCAGUGAAAAACUGAGGCAAGCUGAAGGACAACCACAGCACUUGAUGAGCUGAUUUAAGUUUUACUUUAAGAUGAAAUUAUUACUGAUUUCACAGCUUUUAAGAAGAAGGAAGUACAUGAACCUGAGUAGUUUGCCCUGACAAAGAGACAUCAUACAGAUGAACUUUUAAGUAAAAAUACAAGAUCUACAACCGAAAAUAGUACAGGACAAUGUUAAUCACAGGCAGACAUAUAGGCUUAUUUUCUCUUUUCCUUAGUAACUACUGUGAUUAUUCUAAAUGACAUGCUUGAAAGCUAUAUGAAACUCUUCUAGAACUGAUGGAAACAACUUCUUACGCUUCUGUACACAUCUAUAAUAGAAAAUAAAGCUAAUGCUGAAACUGCAA